AUGGAUGUCAAUAACCUCUUAGAUUAUCCAGGUGAAAGUGAUACAUGUUCAGAGGUCCAGAACUUAGAAGAAAUUGUGGAUACCAUCGGAAAAAACAAUGUUGAUGACGAAGUCGAAGAUGAUACUAUAACUUUGGAACAAGUUACGCGUAAGGAAGCACUUAUCGCAUCUAGAACUCUUCACAAUUUUAUGAUACAGUUCGAAAAGACAACACCGGAGCUCUUGGAUGCAAUAAGAAAAGAUGAAAGGAAAGAAAUUGGUGCAUCUAUCAAACGUGUUAGGCAAAUAAUGAAGUGGAAUUCUACCUACUUGAUGUUGGAUACUGCACAACAUUUUGAGAUUGUAUUUGAUAGGUAUGAUCUUGAUGAUAGUGGAUUGUCAACUUAUCUUGCUACUAAUGUUUGUGAAGCUGAUGGAAGUGUUGCAGGUGGACUUGAAAAUAUAGUUGAGCUUCAUAAUCAUUUAAAGAAAUGUAUGGAAAAUGAUGAUCUUGCUUUAGCAAAAAUUGUAGAAAAGAUGAAGGAAAAAUUUGUUAAGUAUUGGGGUAUUCCUGAAAAAAUGAAUAAACUAUUUUUUAUAGCCUCAAUUUUAGAUCCUCGUAACAAUCUAGCAUAUGCGGGAGACGCACUUGAGGAUAUGUAUGGAGAGGAAAAAGGGAGUAAACUAAAAGAUGAAUUGGAGACUUACAUGAAAUCUUUAUUUGCAGAAUGUGAAGUUCUUGCCGAGAUGACUCGUGAUAUGUUGGCAAUAUUGAUUUCUAGUGUGGCAUCAGAAUGUGCAUUUAGUAUUGGAAAUCGUAUUAUUGAUUCAUUUAGGAGCUUGACUCUGAAAUUGGUGCAAGCUUUUGUGUGUCUUCAAGAUUGGUAUCGAAGUGAGCCUCUUCCCGUUAACGUUGAAGAAGAUUUUGAUGAUCUUAUGCGACUUGAACUUGGUAUAUUUUUGUGUUAUGCUUCUACUUAA